UAGGGAGGGGGUGAGGUUUAGUGCAGUAGCCACUAGCCAGCUGCUCCACCAUGGUAGGGCGGCUGUGAGCUGGAUCACUCAGACAUGAAUGACUUAACUCGUAAGGUGGACGCCUCCUUCUCUCCUAAAUCUUCACCCCGAGGCUCCAGGUCACCCAUGGCCAACCAGAUGCUCUCCAGAAAUGACUCCACAGGCACUCUGAAGAUGACCAUCUCUGCUGGCAAGCAUCCUGCAGUGGUUCACUCUGGCCCAUUCUACCUGAUGAAAGACCCAGCCACAGAAAAUGAAUUGACGGGUGCAACAAACCUGAUGGCGCAUUUCAACCUGGAGCAUUCCUAUAACAAAUUCACAGGCAAAAAAGUUCGAGACUCGUUAUCAUCCUUCUUGCCAACUCUUCCAGGCAUUAUUGAUACACCAGCCCACCUCACAAAUUCUUCACUCCGAACUCUUAUUGAAAAGCCUCCAGUCUUUAAAGAAUUUACUUUACUUAAUCACCACCAGCUCGCUGCUUUCCGGCUUCACCCUGGUCCCCUGCCUGAGCAAUACCGCUUUAUGAACCAGCCUCCUGGCCAAAGAAAACACAGAAAACACAAGAAACACAAGUACCGACCAGGAGAGACCCCUACCCAGGAUGGCUCGGCAGAUGGAGCUGAUAUGCACGAGAAGAAACACAAAAAGAAAAAGAAUGAUGAUGAUAAAGAAAGGAAGAAGAAGAAGAAAGAAAAGAAAAAGAAGAAGCAGAAGCACAGUCCAGAGCAUCAAGGAGUUUCUGGCAGUGAUCCCAGUAGAGUCACACUGUGACAGUGUUAAAAUUAACAAGGGUAACUGACAGCUUACAAAGUUUACAAGAGUACCAUAUUUUUACAUUUUUUUGCCUAAAAAAAUCUUGCAAAUGUGACAUUACCAGUUUUUUUAACAUUUAUGAAUAAAGUUUGCUAUAUUGUAUGUUGAUGAAAAGGAUUCGUGUUUUUUAUUUCACUGCUUAUAAAUACACCUACAUACAUUCACAUCAUUACAGCUUAGGUGUUGCAGAACUUCUUGAUAGUACAUGCAUCAAAAUGGAAUUGUGGUACAGUACAUCAAAAUGGAAAUGUACUGCUCAUUAAAGAUUUUUUUUUUUAAUCUAUGGAUUCAUAAUUUAUGAAAUGUCUGGAAAUAAAUGUCUGGAAUUAAA